UUGGGCGCGUGAAAAUCCUCGGCCUCCACGGUCAUCAUGUGAUGAACAGCAUCUCGAAGGACUUCACAGAUGGCCGAGGGAGUGCCUAUCUCUGCACGUGAGCUCGUUCCAUUAUUUGGAGACACUCAUGAUCGUCCAAGCGUAAAGGCGUGGGCCUGCCAUUAUUUACUGCUGUGUUCUUUGAAAGAAAAAUUACUUCGAGAGCGUCGAAUGCGUGUGGAGAAGAAGGUGGGGCAUGGAACUAUCUCCAACGGUGGCACAGUUGAAUUCCCCAGGAGAAGAGCACUGGAGGCAUUUCGACAACUCUGUGAGUGCUUUUCCUUUUGGAUUCGUCGCCACCGCCAUUCUCAUUUCAUUGUUUCUUCUUCUGGCUAUCUUCGAGAGGUUUCUUAGGCAAACAUCAGCAGCUGAAUCUGCUGCUCCAACUCCGACGGAUAUUGAAGACCAGAUGUUGUUUCAUACAAAGCUCCUUCUUCCAUCUCCCAAGACAUCAAAGCAUGAGAGAGGAGUAUUUGUGUUGAUGCCUGGCGAGCGAAUUCCAAGAUUCAUUGCACAUCCUGCUGCUGUACCGUGUCCCCCAGAGCCCACCACGUUAUUGAAUGGCGCUCUAUAAGUAAUAAGUAAUUAUUCCUCCUUUCUGUACUAGCAAUCUAGCAUCUCCGGUCUGGUCUCACCCAGUGGUGUGCCCUUUAACUUGUAAUGCUGUUAGAAGCAGAAGUAAUUACUCCUCCUUUCUGUCGUCUGCUGCAGCAUGCAGGCAGUCAGGUACAUGUCAUUUGGGAGUGUGUUAACUAAUGCCUUUGAACUCUGAUCUGAUCAUUUGGAUCUUCGAUGCA